CUCACCACUACAAUCCUUGGCCAGGGGAGUGAAGUUGUACUCGUAGAGCUAACACUUGAGUUUAGCCUAACAAGUUAUUUUUGCUGCACCGUGAUUGCAAAAGUAAGAUUACUGAAAAUGAGCAGCAACAUCGUCGAGGACGAGGAUGCCCUUUACAGGGAGAUGGAGGAUAUUUUACAAGAUAACACUUUACAGGCUCGAGUAGGCCGUUAUAAGAGGGACUUUUAUGCCCAAACGGAUGCUCGUGAACUUCUACCUCUACGGGAGUUGAUGGGGCAAAUCAAGGAGCUUCGAAUGGAUAUGGAGGUUCUGAAGAAAAGCGCAGUGGUGAAAAUCAAAUGCAUUCAGGCCCAGUAUGAGACUGCAAUACAUCAGGAAGCCAAUGAACUGUACACACUAAUUCAGAGGAAGGCCAGGCACUUGGAGGAUUUGCAUAAAGAGCAAAUUGCAGUUCUUUAUACAAGUUAUCGGAAUCAACUGGCUGAUGCUAUAAGCAUGAUCAAAGGCAGCUUCAAGAACUACUACAUGAAAAAUGUGUCCGUCAGUGAAACUGACAAUGACGUUCUCAAUGAGAUGUUGGCCAAAUUUGAGGAGAAAAGCUUGGAAGUCGCAGCGUUAACGGAACAACUGAAUGAACAGGAAGAGAAGAUAAUUGUCCUGAGCAGCAUCGAGGAAGAAGAGGACACUGAAAAAGACCAGCUGAUAGAUGAGAAUGGAAGGCUGAAAGAUGAGAAUGAAAGACUUCUAGAUGACAUUGACAAUCUGCAUAUCGACAUGGAUUUGCUCCGAGACGACAUUCUGAACAGAGAAAGCAACAUUGAAGAAUUAGAGAUCAAUUUGAAGGUGAUGGCGAUUAAAGCAGAGGAAGACAGGAUGAACCUUCAAAAGAUGACCAAUGAAAACAGUCAGUUGAAAGCACAGAUUGUUCAAGACAAAGAGGCCACCAAGAGGAAGAUGUCCCAACUGAAAAAAGACAUGGAAAAGGAGAUUAGCAACAUUGAGAAAGAGCGUCAGAAGGAGGCCAAUGCAGCGGAGGAGAGAAUGAAACAACAGAAGAAGGACCUGGAGAAAGCACAGCGUACCCAGGCAACGGCAAUGGCAGCGAUGGCGACAAAACCACAGGAGUCUGUGGAGGAACAUAAUGAAAAGGAAAGCGUUGAACUGAAGAGGCUGAAAAGCAUCGUGGAAGAGCAGAAGACUGAGAUUAAACGGUUUAAGUGCGACCGCCUGUUAAGUGAAGCAUGGGAGAAGAAGUUUGACAUUUUGAACAAAAGUUUUCAUGCCAUAAAGGAUGAGAUGUACUUGCGGAAUAACUUGCAGAGACAAGCCGCUGCACUACACUAUGCUUCAGUCAGCUACACGCUGGAUGUGCCUACAAGGACCCCAGUCCCCAACUUUUCUAAACAGUCUGACUAUUCUGAAGUAACUCCUAUGCCUGACAUAGGUGCAACGACUAGAAGAACAGAGAAUACUUCGAGGAUGAGCAGUUUCAGAAACACAUUCACAGAAACACUCUCCUCGACUGAUAAUGAACCUCAGUCCCAGCGUGAAGAUGGGGAUGAUGACAACUAAGACUCUUCUGUCCUUCCAGCCCAUCGCCCUGCCUGUGCUGAAAGAUAACCUCUCUUUACACAUAAACAUUAUCACAUAUCUAUUAAAUUGAUGCAAAAAUGUUA